AUGAAGCUGUCCACAAUUCUCGUCAGCCUUGCUCUCGCCCAAGUGGGCUACACUCACGCGGCCAGUCUUCCUUUCAGCCCUAGGUCGGCUGAUGAUGGAGCCUGUACUUCCCCUCAGGAACGAGUCAAUUGGGAAGCUCUGAGCUCCGCCGACAAGCAGGGCUACAUCAGUGCCAUCAAGUGUAUGCAGACGAAACCCAAGAAGACGACCCUCAAGGAAUCGCGCAACCUGUUUGACGAUUUCGUCAAUGUUCAUAUCCACAACAAUGCGGUGGUUCACUUCAACGCUUUCUUCUUGCCCUGGCAUAGGCUUUUCGUCUUGGCUCGAGAGCAGGCCUUGCGCGAGUGCGGAUACGCUGGUCCUACUCCUUACUGGGACUGGACCAAAUCGGCCGAUGCCAAUGAUGUGGCUAACGAUCCGAUCUUCUCGCCUACGGAUGGAUUCGGCGGCAACGGCGAUCCCAACAACGGCAACGUUGUCAAGGACGGUCCUUUUGCCAACUUUACGGUCGAUCUGAGCAUCGUAGGCGUAGGUGCUGAUCUCAACAAAACCAUGUACAAUCCUCACUAUCUGACGAGAAGCUUCGAACCCGAAAACACGCGCGGCUUCACCACCGCCACGGUCGACGAGGUGCAGGCCGUCCCGGCAUACGCUGACUACAGGUAUAACAUCGAAAGUGCACCCCACGGCGUAGUUCACGCCUAUGUGGACGGAGACAUGACGCCUCCUCACUCUCCCAAUGAUCCGCUCUUCUUCCUGCACCAUGCCGCCAUCGACCGUCUGUGGACCCUGUGGCAAGAGCAAGACAAGUCCAAACGCGUCAAGGACUACAGCGGGCCCCUCCCCUUCCAAUACCCUGCCAUGAACGCAAAGAUCACCGAUGAGAUGCCGUCCUUCUUCGGUCUGAUCGACGACAGCACUGUCGAGCAGGUCAUGGAUACCACGGCUGGCCGUCUAUGCUACCGCCCGCCCGACGAACUGCAGUCAAAUCACAUCAUGCCGUUGAAGAGGUCCUAUGAUGUCGCCGUUCACCAGAAUCGCUCAACGUCUUGCCGUCACGACAGCACCGAGGCGGUGCCUGACGGUCCAGCGCCGCAGACAACUAUCAGCGAUACGGUACAGGGCAAGCAGCGCCGCCUAAGCUUCGUUGACGAGAAUGGAGACCGUGCAUCCGCCUCGACAUCUUCACGGCCACGCACGCUUCCGAGCACCUCCUCGACCGCACGCUUCGUCCCUGGUCUGCAGACGUUCGUCGGUGGUCUUCAGAUGUCGCAAGACAUUUCCUUGCCUCGGCCACAUGAUGCAUCUGCUGGCUCCUCAUCGCGCUCGGCGACCCGUAGCUCCAUCGAUGCUCCGGACGCCAUGCAGCCGCUCAUGAUGAGCCGCAAUCCCGAUUCCGAGCGUCGAGCCAGCCAGUCGACGGCACGUCGCCGAUCAAAUGAGACGGACGAAACCCAUGGCGCAUUGCCUGUUUCGCAGGAAGCGGAGCUCGUGCCAGGCGUCUCGCCAGGUUGGCACGUCGAGGCUCAUGGUCGUCAGGCCAUGGAGUUGCAGGACGGCAUCCGCUACGAGGACGAGGACGGCUGGACGCCGCUCGAGGCCUUCCCCGCCUCGACAAGACAAGGAAAGCUCGCUGUUAAAAGAGCUAGAGUCCGCGGAAAGCAGCAGCAGCAGCAUCACCAUCACCACUACCAAACCCAACAACCAUCAGAGUGGGCAUCGCUGGUCGAUCCCAAGACCGUUGCUGUGCUUCCAGCCAUCUCCGUUUCAGCACCCGUCAUCUCUCAAGGAGGGGCCAAAUCCUCGAUGCUGUCGCUGAUGAUGCAACCGGCGACGCUUGCGCCUGUUUGUGCCCCUGCACUAGUGGACAUCGACAUGAUCGAGGAUAUCGUCGAUACGCUCUCCAUUCCCUUGCCCAACCUUCGGCCUACGAACAGGACGCAGCAGGCUUCGACGUCGAGUCUGCGACCGACGCCAUCUCCGCACAGACUGUUCUCCUCUGUGCCAAGUUCGCCAUCGUCUGCUGGCGCGACGACAAUUGCCGAUUCGCACAGCGAUCUGUGUCCCGGCCCUUCCUAUUCUCUGUCGGACUUUGAGGUCCUCGAGACGCUGGGAACGGGUACAUUCGGUCGUGUGUUGCUAGUGCGCCUAAAAGACCGCGACAUUUCGGACCGCUCGGCCUACUUUGCGCUCAAGGUGUUGGCGAAAACGGACGUGAUCAAGCUCAAGCAGGUCUCGCAUAUCAACAGUGAGCGCAGCAUCUUGGCCAAAGUGGAUCACCCUUUCCUUGUCAACAUGAUCGCCUCCUUUCAGGAUAGCAAAAAUUGCUACAUGUUGAUGGAGUACGUCGUAGGUGGCGAGAUCUUUUCGUACCUGCGACGCGCAGGUCAAUUCUCAGCGGACGUCGCUCGUUUCUACAUUUCGACCAUCGUCCUCGCCAUCGGCUACCUUCACAAGAACAAGGUCGUCUACCGAGAUCUCAAGCCGGAGAAUCUUUUGAUCGACUCACACGGUUACACCAAAAUCACCGACUUUGGAUUCGCUAAGGAAGUGGAAGACCGCACCUGGACCCUCUGUGGCACACCGGAGUAUCUGGCACCCGAGAUCAUCCAGUGUAGCGGACACGGCAGCGCCGUCGAUUGGUGGUCCUUGGGCAUUUUACUGUUCGAGAUGCUGGCCGGCUACCCGCCAUUUUACGACCCCAAUCCCAUCUUGGUCUAUGAAAAGAUCUUAGCAGGCAACCUAGUGUUUCCCGAAGGGAUUGACCCGCUCUCCCGCGAUCUUAUCUCUAGUCUUCUGACCGCCGACCGAAGCAGACGACUCGGCAAUCUUCGUGGCGGCGCAGACGACGUCAAGAAUCAUCCAUGGUUCCAUGGUGUUGACUGGAAAGCGUUGGAGGAGGGCAGGAUCCCUCCUCCCAUCGUUCCCUUCCUCGGACGUCCAGGCGACACGUCCAACUUUAGCAAGUACGAGCCGGCCAGACCAAGCGCCAUGCCUGGACUCUUUGGCACCGAUCAAGGCCGCAUUGAUCUCAACGCCGACCUCUUUCCCUCUUUCUGA